GCGUCCGCCCCGGCCCCAGCCAUGUCCGAGAGCUACGAUUUCCUCUUCAAGUUCCUGGUGAUAGGAAGUGCUGGUACUGGGAAGUCCUGUCUCCUGCACCAGUUUAUAGAGAAUAAAUUCAAGCAGGAUUCCAACCACACGAUUGGAGUGGAGUUUGGGUCGAAGGUGGUUAACGUCGGUGGGAAAACGGUGAAACUGCAGAUCUGGGAUACGGCGGGACAAGAACGGUUUAGGUCGGUGACUCGGAGCUACUACCGCGGUGCAGCCGGGGCCCUGCUGGUGUACGACAUUACCAGCCGGGAGACUUACAACGCGCUGACUAACUGGCUGACGGACGCCCGGACCCUCGCCAGCCCCAGCAUCGUCAUCAUCCUCUGCGGGAACAAGAAGGACCUGGAUGCGGACCGGGAAGUGACCUUCCUGGAAGCCUCCCGCUUCGCGCAAGAGAACGAACUCAUGUUCCUGGAGACCAGCGCGCUGACCGGGGAGAACGUGGAAGAAGCUUUCUUAAAAUGUGCCAGGACCAUACUAAACAAAAUUGAAUCAGGUGAGCUGGACCCCGAGAGGAUGGGCUCAGGUAUCCAGUACGGAGACACCUCCUUGCGUCACCUGCGCCAGCCCCGCGGGGCCCAAACACAGAGCAAGCAGCCGUGCAGCUGCUAAGUGUGACGGCACCAGGAGUCUGUCUGCAACGCUGUACCUUGGCCAGUCGGGCCCCCCGGGGCUGAAGCACUUUCUCUUCUCUU